AGCCGACGGUACCUGAUGGCCAGGCCCAUGAUCAAAGAGGCAGGAAUGGGUUCAUUGCUUCUAGAGAAUCCUUAUUAUGGCUACCGUAAACCCAAAGACCAACUGCGGUCCAGUCUAAAGAAUGUGUCCGACCUGUUUGUGAUGGGAGGGGCUUUGAUCCUGGAGUCAACAGUGCUUCUCCGUUGGCUGGAGAGAGAAGGUUACUGGCCACUAGGAAUGACUGGCAUCUCCAUGGGAGGAUAUAUGGCAUCCCUGGCAGUGACUAACUGGCCAAAGCCCAUCCCUCUGGUUCCCUGUUUGUCCUGGUCCACUGCCUCUAGUGUCUUCACCACGGUAACACACUUAGUUGACAUAAUAACCAAACAUUGUAGCAGAGGUGCUUUUCUCUCUUUACUGGUUGAUGAAAACAGUGCAAUAAUGAAAUACUGCACUAAUGACAAGCCAACUGCAGGGGAUGGCAAGCUACCGCCUAUUGUCCUUCCAUCUGUCCUAGUCCCUGUAGACACCAGUCUCAUUAUUGUGGUCCAGGCCAAAGAGGAUGCCUACAUCCCUCGUACAGGGGUCCUCAGUCUGCAGGAGAUCUGGCCAGGUUGUGAAGUCAGAUAUCUGAAUGGAGGACACAUCAGUGCAUACCUGUUUAAACAGAAUGUCUUCAGGUAAACUACUAUCUCAAAGACACACAUCGUGCUGCUGAGCGGCCACUCACAAAAUCAAAAAAUUACCUGCAACUGGACUUUGACUUCAAAACCAGUGACUCAU